UUAGCGUAAUUAGUUUCAUUCUAAAGCUUCUACAGCUCACACAUCCACAAAUCAAAUUCUCAAAAUGGCUGAGAAGGUAAUUUUAGCUUAUUCCGGUGGUCUUGAUACUUCAUGUAUUUUGAAAUGGCUGUUGGAGAAGGGCUACGAGGUUAUUUGCCUGAUGGCAGAUGUUGGUCAAAAGGAAGAUUUUGAGGCAGCCAAACAGAAAGCCUUGAAAAUCGGGGCCAAAGAAUGUGUAGUCAAAGAUGUGAAAGAUGACUUUGUGCGCAACUAUAUCUGGCCGGGCAUUCAAAUGGGUCUUAUCUAUGAGGAACGUUAUCUAUUGGGUACCUCAUUGGCUCGGCCCUGCAUAAGUGUGGCCUUGGUGGAGGCUGCCCGUAAAUAUCAGGCCAAGUACAUUGCUCAUGGUGCCACGGGCAAGGGCAACGAUCAGGUGCGCUUUGAGUUGUGUGCCUAUGCCCUGAUGCCGGAAAUCAAGAUCAUUGCCCCCUGGAGAGAUGAUGAAUUUUGCCAGCAAUUCCAGGGUCGUUUGGAUUUAAUAGAAUAUGCCAAGUUACAUAACAUCCCCGUGACUGCCAAACCAUCGACACCCUGGAGCACAGAUGCUAAUAUUUUACACAUUAGUUAUGAAUCAGGCGUUUUGGAGGAUCCCAAUCACAUUGCCCCCGAAUCGUUGUAUGAAAUGACCAAAGAUCCUUUGACUCAAGCGCCCAAGGAGUCCAUGCGCAUUACCAUAACCUUUGAAAAAGGUUUACCGGUCAAGUUGAACGAAAAAGCUCAGUCACCCUUGGAGAUAUUGGAAAUCUUAAAUUAUGUGGCCGGAUCGUAUGGUAUUGGUCGUAUCGACAUUGUGGAGAAUCGUUAUGUGGGCUUGAAAUCCAGAGGCGUGUAUGAGACUCCCGGCGGCACGGUUCUGUUCAAGGCCCAUCAGGAUUUGGAGGUGUUCUGUUUGGAUCGAGAGGUCCUUCGCUGCAAACAAUACUUACGCGAUCGCAUGGCCGACUAUGUUUACAACGGCUUCUGGUUCAGUCCCGAAGCCAAUUAUGUACGCCAGUGCCUCGAACUGUCCCAGGCGAAUGUUAAUGGCCAGGUGACAAUGGAGUUGAGACCCGGUUAUUGCAUUGCUGUUGCUCGCAAAGCUGCCACCGCCAAUGCCCUGUACAAUCAAGAGCUGGUGUCAAUGGAUGUCCAUGGUGGUUAUGUGCCACGUGAUGCUUCCGGUUUUAUUGCCAUCAAUUCCGUGCGCCUUAGGGAGCAUGUACGAGCAUUUGGAGCAUAUGAAGUUAAAAAGUAAUAAAGAUAGCUGCUGCUAAAAAACAAA